AUGGCGGCGCGCUUUUCUGUUCAGCCCAUUGGUCGAUUUGCUGGUGAAAGCCAGCCUGUCAAAAGACCCAAGGAGUUUGCCUGCUUCUCUUACGACGACAACCAUGAGUUUCAUCUAGACGAUUCUUCGCUCAAGUAUUACUACACACCACAGCUAGGGGCAGAUCUUUCCAAGGGAUUCGACACCUUUGAGAAGCUGGACGACACUGGAGAUGACCACCUCAACAGUCUUCUCAAAACUAUCAUUGCUCAUGAGCAAGAAACUGGUAAGAAGAUAGAUGCUAAUGUUGUGACAUGGAGAGGAAUGAUGACCAAGAUCAUGGCCGUCCCUUUUGAUCAGAUGGACGGCUUCAUUGAAGAAAACAACGCCUACAAGAUGGCAUCCAGAUCCAAUGAGGGCAACAACAACAAGCGCAGAAGAGGACCACCGCUAGAGGUCAUGCAGUUUUGGGGUAUGGUAGUUCUUUCUCUAACGGUGCAGCCAUUUCUGACAUCUAUUAAAGGGUACAAAUUCGAGACGCUGUCAACUCUGCCAGCGCCAUGGGCAGAGACAUCUCGCGAGUUUAUCGAAAACCGUGAAAACGAAGUCGUCAACAACAAGGCCCAGUACUGCUCCGUAGUCCGAACAGGUAUCGGCAAAUCUGUUCUCUGCCUUGGCGGUGAAGUUGACGCCAUCUGGGACUCCAAGCCCGAAGAAAAAGGCAGCCCUAUCAACUGGGUAGAGCUCAAGACAUCUGCCGAGAUUCGCAACCAGGGUGACAUGGAGAACUUCAACCGCAAACUGAUGAAGUACUGGAUUCAGUCAUUCCUUCUCGGCGUACCGCGUAUCGUUGUUGGUUUCCGCACUCGUGAUGGUAUUCUGGUUGAGGCAAAGGAUAUCGAGACGCAUCGCAUUCCGGAGACGGUCAACUCCUACCCAAACCCCAAGUGGAACGCCGAUAUGUGUGUCAACUUUGCCGCCACUUUUUUGGAGUGGCUAUCGGAGAACAUCACUGACGAGGGCGUAUGGAGAAUAAAGCGCGAGCCUCAGUCGCCUACGAUCGAACUUUUCAAGGUAGAAGAGACAGGCCACGGCGAUAUCUUGUCAGACGAGUUCAAGAAUUGGAGGAUCAAGUUGGCUCUUGGGCCCAGUAACGAAAGUUGA